ACACACACACACACACACACACACACACACAAACACACUAUAAAUUAUGUGCGUUUUGCAAAAUUUACAUGCCUUAGACGUUAGGCGCAUUUCAAACAACAUGGCAUUUUCUCCAGCAUAAAACGUAUUAAAUUCUCCCUAAAAUAGCCCCAGUAGUGAUUCCAAACAGGACCACCACAUUUAGAGUUCACGCCUCUUUUCUCUUGAGUCUUAAUUAAUUUCAUCCACAUGUCUUGUAGCCGUUUUCUAAGCUUUUCGCUGUUGCGAAAGGAAAAAAAAAAAGUAAAUCCAAGAGAAGAUGACAGAGGGUGUAAUCGCGUGCUAUGUGAUUUAACAAUGCGAGUUUUUCAAGCCAUUCACGUCUUAGCUGUCCUUGACCCACAAGGAGCUUGUAAUAUGGGCUAUUUCUCGCCUUUGUAUUUAGAAAGGGGUGCAACUGCGGCGGAGCCAAGGGCCCCCCUCUCCGGGACGCCGGAGGCGCUUUUAAAGGCAGUCUCCAGGCGCGCGGCCAUUCCAGUGGGGGUUCAGACGAGAGCGAGAAGGGGCCCCCCGCCUCCACGGGAGGUCAAUUUUAAAGGCCGCCUCGCGACUCGACGGGGAGGCGAGGCUCAGUCCGCGGGACACCCCGCUGCUCAAGACAGGGGACCCACCGUGUUAUCCAUGACAACGGCCGGGCAGCUCCGGCUCGGUCAAAGAGCGCGCCGCGGAGAAGAGGCGAGAACAAAGCCGCGUGUGAUAUUUUUUGAAUAUUUCUUUGGCUCGUGUUGCCAACGUGCCCUCUUUCUGUCAGUGGAGUAUUGCGUCUCAAACUGCGGACGCCCAGACGGAAGCUGCGAGGAAUUUUGGCUAUGCCCUAGAUACGACUCGCAUGAUCCGUGCGAAGGCCCGACCCUGCACCGUGCACACUGACGCUUGGCUGUAGGCUUUCUUUGAUGUUACAAACAUGCCCGCGCGUUUGCCUAUGGAUUCCAGCACGCUGUUACGGCGCAGAACGUUCUGGGUGUAAUAUAGACGCCAAGCGCGAUCCAAACUACGUUUAACAUAAAUAAACGGAAGUACUUAGGAACAAUUUUUAAAAAAACUAAAAAAUUAAAUAUUUUAAAAUAAGUUAUUAAAACAUGAAAUUAUCCUGAUUCCAGAGAUAAUUUUAUAGCUCUAGCAUACUAACACAAUUAGACCCAUCUUAAAGAAGCGAGAAUUAUACCCUAAACAUAAGCGAUCGCGCUGAAGUAGUAAUUAUAGACAAGUAAAAGCUUGUUUUCCACAUAGCAGCAAAAUGCAAAAAAAACAAAAAAACAAUAAAAAUAAAUAUGCAGGUGAACUGAAAAUUCAUCGGUAAAAAUCUCCUCUGCGCGGUAAAAUGCUGGAGUGAGCCCAAGACGAUGGCACCGCGUAACGAGAGUGAGGACCGUAUAACACAAUCCAGUCCGUCUUUUUCCUGUGCGCAGCAGUUCCUCGAAGCUCCAUGUUUUGGCCCUGAUCCGUGCUCCAAGUUAAGCUGUAGUUUCCAUGGCUGACCAUGGUUUGGUGCUGUUGGCUCUCUCUGUCUGCUCAACCCAGGCUGUGCGGAGCUCCCUGCGGGAUCAGAGCGCUCCCCCGCCGGGACCCUACUCUCACAUCCUCCUGCUGGGACACGGCUACACUUCCAGCCAAGCCUGGCUUUAUUAUGUGUGUCUGCGCUGCAGCCCCGCCAGCAGUCGGAUCGGGAGGCGGAGGACGGACCAGACUCAGGACAAAGAAAAAGGGAGAGAGAGGCUAGCGACCGCAAACAUUCACGGCUUUCGGGGAAUUGAAAAGGGGGAUAAAGCAAACGGGAAAAUCCCCACAGGUGAAAAUGCUGCGUAAAAUGGCAUUGAGGGUGCCUUCGGAAAAAUAAGAGUCCGAGGAGGGCGGCUCGGUGUUUGCGGGAUCAGGGCGAGGAAAAGAGACAGUUCCGACAACUGCACAAAACAGAACCUCCAGCGGACCACGCGGGCGGAAAGAAAGAAGAAUAAAAACCCACAAACGGAUCCAAACCGAAAUCGUUUGCUCGUUUACUUGUGGUUAACGCAUUAUCGGGAAGUGUUGGCACCUUUCUGAAGACUGAUCAGGUGUUACCGUAACGCAGCCGCUUCUCCAAACUCUGACCGUGUCUCGGUAAAGACGCUCCACCGUCCGCGACGUCGGUCUGUGCGCGGAACAAAAGAUCGUGGCGUUAGGAUCACCGACCACCGCAAGUUGUUCCGUUCAAAUCUACAGGUUAUAUCCAGCGGUCGAAGUUGUUGAAAUUUGCGGAAUAUCCGGCGGCUGCUGCUCUCCGUUGCGCGCGGCCAUCCCUUCCUCAUAGUGCUACUGGACUACCGCGACACCAGUCCGAAGUUGCCGCAUUGCAACAGGCGAAGUAGGGGGGGAAGCACAACGCGCGCUUUUAGCCUAUGGUUGUUGGCACAGUAGGACGGGAGAUCCAAACAAGAGGAAACGCACCGAGGCAGAAAUGUCCAGGCGCAAGCAGGCCAAACCUCGCUCCGUUAAAGCGGUAGAAGAGGCAAACUCGGCUGAAUUUGCAAGUAAUUGGGACUCCUCCACUCCAGCAGAUGCGGCCGUGCCUGAGCGUGACAGUGAUGUGAAGGACAGGGCUGGUGUGGAGGAUGGAGAGCACAGUGUGACCAGCCAUGACGACCGCGCCGGGGACGACGACCUGGACGACGAGUCCAUCUUCACCUGUGACAACUGCCAGCAGGACUUUGAGUGCCUGGCCGACCUGACGGAGCACCGCACCAACCACUGCCCCGCAGAUGGUGACGAUGACCCGGGGCUCUCCUGGGUGGCGUCCUCUCCCUCCAGCAAAGACGUGGCAUCACCAUCGCAGAUGCUGGGGGACGGCUGCUGCGAUCUGGGCAUGGGCACCGGGGAGGAGGAAGGAGGCUCGGGCCUGCCCUACCCCUGCCAGUUCUGCGACAAGUCCUUCAGCCGCCUGAGCUACCUGAAGCGUCACGAGCAGAUCCACAGCGACAAGCUGCCCUUCAAGUGCACCUUCUGCAGCCGCCUGUUCAAGCACAAGCGCAGCCGCGACCGCCACGUCAAGCUCCACACCGGCGACAAGAAGUACAGCUGCCAGGAAUGCGAGGCUGCCUUCUCCCGGAGCGACCACCUGAAGAUCCACCUGAAGACGCACAGCUCCAGCAAGCCCUUCAAGUGCAGCAUCUGCAAGCGCGGCUUCUCCUCCACCUCCUCCCUGCAGAGUCACAUGCAGGCGCACAGGAAGAACAAGGAGCACAUGGCCAGGAAGGACCAGGGCAAGCGGGACGGAUCUGUGGGCGACGGCGCCGAGCAGGACCAGGACCUGUACAUGUGCGACUACUGCGAGGAGACCUUCAGCCAGACGGACGAGCUGGAGAAGCAUGUUCUGACGCGCCAUCCGCAGCUCUCGGACCGAGCGGAGCUGCAGUGCAUCCACUGCCCCGAGAUCUUUGGCGAUGAGGGUACCCUGCUCACCCACAUCGACCGGACGCACGCCAACAAGAAGCACAAGUGCCCCGUGUGCGCCGAGCAGUUUCCGUCCGUGGAGGACGUGUACUGCCACCUGGACAGCCACCGGCAGCCCGACUCCAGCAACCACAGCGCCAGCCCCGAUCCGGUGCUGGGGAGCGUGGCGUCCAUGAGCAGCGCCACGCCCGACUCCAGCGCCUCACUGGAGAGGGGCUCCACCCCGGACUCCACCCUCAAGUCCACGCAGGGCCGACGCAAAGCCGCCCCAUCCUCCGACCACGAAGAGGGAGGCUGGUCGGGAAAGGUGACGUACAGUUGCCCCUACUGCUCCAAGAGGGACUUCAACAGCCUGGCCGUUCUGGAGAUCCACCUGAAGACGAUCCACGCAGACAAGCCCCAGCAGAGCCACACCUGCCAGCUGUGUCUGGACACCCUGCCGACCCUCUACAACCUGAAUGAGCACGUGCGGAAAGCCCAUCGUUCCGGCGGGAGCUCUGCCUCCAGCUACCCUCUCCUCCAGUUCAGCAACGUGUCUGCCUUUCACUGCAACUACUGCCCAGACAUGUUCGCAGACAUCAACACCCUGCAGGAGCACAUCCGGGUCUCGCACUGUUUGCCCGGGGGCGUGGUCGCCGGCUCCACCACCCUGGAGGGGAACCAUGCCUUCUUCUGCAACCAGUGCUCCAUGGGGUUCCUGACGGAGUCCUCGCUCACGGAACACAUCCAGCAGACCCACUGCAGCAGCGGAGGGGGCGUGGCCAAGAUGGAGUCUCCCGUGCUGCAGGCGUCACAGUCCUUCAUGGAGGUGUACUCCUGUCCCUACUGCACCAACUCCCCGAUCUUUGGCUCCCUGCUCAAACUCACCAAACACAUCAAGGAGAACCACAAGAACAUCCCACUGGCCAACAACAAGCGCAAGGUCAAGGUGGCCGACCUGAGCCCGGCGUCCUCCGACGUGGAGAUCUCCUCCCCCAAACGCCACAGGGUGUCCAGCGACGCCAGCCAGCCGGGCGGCAACGCCGACUACCCCUGCAACCAGUGCGACCUUCGAUUCACCAGCUUCGAGGGCUUCCAGACCCACCUCAAGACCCACCUGGAGCUGCUGCUGAGGAGACAGUCCUGUCCUCAGUGCAACAAAGAGGACUUUGACUCCCAGGAGUCCCUGCUGCAGCACCUGACCGUCCACUACACCACCACGUCCACGCAGUACGUCUGCGAGAGCUGCGACAAGCAGUUCUCGUCCGUGGACGACCUGCAGAAGCACUUACUGGACAUGCACACGUUCGUGCUCUACCACUGCACGCUGUGUCAGGAGGUGUUCGAUUCCAAGGUCUCCAUCCAGGUCCACCUGGCGGUCAAGCACAGCAAUGAGAAGAAGAUGUACCGGUGCACGGCGUGCGCAUGGGACUUCCGCAAGGAGAGCGACCUGCAGACGCACGUCAAACACAGCCACCUGAGCCAGCCCGCCGGGCCUGGGGUCGCCAGCAAAGCCCGCAAGUGCAUAUUCUGUGGUGAGAGUUUCAGCACGGAGGUGGAGCUCCAGUGCCACAUCACCACCCACAGCAAAAAGUUCAACUGCCGCUUCUGUGGGAAGGCCUUCCACGCCAUCGCCCUGCUGGAGAGGCACCUCCGGGAGAAGCACUGCAUAUUCGACGGGAACGGGAACGGGAAUGGGGGGAGCCAGAACGGGACUCCCAACGGCGUGACCCAGGGCUCGAAGCGUGGAGGGGGUGGCUCGGCGGCCGCCGCCGAGCAGGCCGACCUGCAGAGCAUGCUCCUGAAGGGCGGGGCCCAAGAGACAGCCAAUAGCCAUGAAGCCAGCGGAGGAGAGGAGGAGCUGGACGCCUCGGAGCCCAUGUACGCCUGCGACAUCUGCGGCGCGGCGUACACCAUGGAGUCACUGCUCCAGAACCACCGGCUACGCGACCACAACAUCAGGCCAGGUGAGGACGACGCCGGCUCGCGUAAGAAGAAGGCUGACUUCAUCAAAGGCAACCACAAGUGCAACGUCUGCUCCCGGACCUUCUUCUCAGAGAGCGGCCUGCGGGAACACGCCCAGACCCACCGCGGCCCGGCCAAGCACUACAUGUGCCCCAUCUGCGGCGAACGCUUCCCCUCUCUGCUCACCCUCACCGAGCACAAGGUCACCCACAGCAAGAGCCUGGACACAGGCACCUGCCGAAUCUGCAAGAUGCCACUGCAAAGCGAGGAGGAGUUCAUCGAGCACUGCCAGAUGCACCCCGACCUCAGGAACUCCCUGACAGGCUUCCGCUGUGUGGUCUGCAUGCAGACCGUCACCUCCACACUGGAGCUGAAGAUCCACGGGACCUUCCACAUGCAGAAGCUCUCCUCGUCUGGGGUCAGCGGCUGCGCCGGCGGAGGCUCGGCCUCCUCCUCCCCCAACGGCCAGCUGCAGGCCCACAAGCUCUACAAGUGCGCCCUCUGCCUGAAAGAGUUCAAGAACAAGCAGGAGCUGGUGAAGCUGGACGUGAACGGCCUGCCCUUUGGGCUGUGCGCCAGCUGCAUGAGCCGGGGCACCAACGGGCAGUCGCCCAGUGGGCUCGGAGCCCCGCAGGAGCCUGGCGAGAAGGGAGCCUCCGGGCUGCGCUGUCCUGAGUGCGCUGUCAAGUUUGAGACGCUGGAAGACCUGGAGAGCCACGUGCAGGUGGACCACCCUGAGAUGAGCCCCGAGACCAGCUCAGCAAAGAAAGCAACGGAGGCCUCACCUGUCCCUAAGAAGAAAACGUAUCAGUGCAUCAAAUGCCAAAUGACCUUUGAGACGGAACGCGAGAUCCAGAUCCAUGUUGCCAAUCACAUGAUCGGAGAUCCCGCCCACCUGCCGUCAGAGGAAGGCAUCAAUCAUGAAUGCAAGCUGUGUAACCAGAUGUUUGAUUCGCCAGCUAAGCUCCUGUGCCACCUGAUCGAGCACAGCUUCGAGGGCAUGGGCGGCACCUUCAAGUGCCCCGUCUGCUUCACAGUGUUUGUGCAGGCCAAUAAGCUGCAGCAGCACAUCUUUGCUGUGCACGGUCAGGAAGACAAGAUCUAUGACUGUUCCCAGUGUCCACAGAAGUUCUUCUUCCAGACCGAGCUGCAGAACCACACACUGAGCCAGCACGCGCAGUGAGACCAGGCCCCGCAGGACUCCCGGUUCAGCCCGGAACCCCGACCCAGGCCCAGUGGGGGAGGACCAUUUCAACAUCACAGCCAAUCAAAGUGUCAUUUGCUACUCACAUGUAAAACUCUAACGAUCCCUCCACCAGGCACAGCUAUUACGGACGGUAGGGGUGGAAUAUUAAUGGCAUAUGCUAUUAAAAAGAAAAGAGAGGGUGAGGGAGGAGACAGAGGAGAGAAAAAGGUAUUCUACGUGCAGUAUUUCUUAUCGUCCGCUUCCCGUUUGUGUGUUCCCUUAUUCUUUUCCUUUUUUUUCGCUUUUCUUUCUUCUUUUUUUUCUUUUUUUUUAAGGGGGGAGGGGGGCAACAAAAGGGGGAAAAAUGGAAGAAAAGCCUAUGGCUUCCGUUUCCGCUUUUAGUCCUUAGAAAAGCUUCACUUACCUUGUCCUCCGUUGCUUAUUGUGUAAAACUUCAUAGGUGCCGUUUUUUUUUCCUUUAGCGCGGUUCUUUUUGACCUCUCGGUUCCUGUACCGUUUAUUUCUUGCAGUAAAUAGGUACUUGUGCUGUCAUGUGAAUGCUUGCCAGUCGUAAAAUCUUUUUUUCCCUUUCUAUUAUUAUUGUUAUAUAUUUUCUUUUUUCUAAUUACAGUAAAAAAAAAAAGACAAAAAACAUAUACAUUGACAAAAAAAUUAACGGUUUUGAUGGGAUUUUGCAGUUCAUGGGCCUUAUGGUUGUUGUAAAAAAUGAAUAUCAUCGAUUUCAGUUCAACUGGAUGAUGUCUGCUUUUUAAAUGUGAAUUAACCAGAUUGCAAUAAAAACUAGUACAGUUGAAAAUAAACAAAUAAAUGAAUCAUGACUAAAGGGA